AUGCCAGGAGCAGUCGGUACGCACGGGUCGCGUUUUACGGCCGGCAGAGUGAAACGCCUCCUCCAGACGAACGAUGAAGUCGGACACAUGGCAGCGAGCGUGCCAGUUCUUGUAGGCCACGCCACUGAGCACUUUUUGCGGGACCUGAGCUUGCAGGCUCUCGCCUAUGCGAAGGAAUCAGGAGCAACUACGAUAACAUCAAGUUUGCUACGAUACACGGUGGAGAAAGAGCCUCGAUUCCAGUUUCUCCGCCCACUGUUUGCGAAAGUACCUCCACUGACUGAAAAGGAGCUGCAGGAAAUGAGCCGGAAUCGCGACAGCCGCUCACGUGUAAAGCACAGCGAAAGGAGGCCUCGAGCGAAACGGAAGACAACGGCCGGCACUGGCACUGGGAAAAGAGGCGGCGCUGCGCCUCGUCGAACAAAGCCCGCGGGCGCGACGACAGCAGACGCAAGCCAUGAAACCGGAGAAGACACACCCGAAACUGGUUCAGCUUUGGCGACCGAAGCACCUGCGCCAGAAGUUGCUCUCCAGGUGGCCGCAGAAGAAGAGUCCCGGAUGCCACUGGCCAGCUCGUCGUCGGGGGCUGGUGCGACGACUGCGGAUGCCUCUGCAAAGGCCGGAGCCUGGCACAUACUGGAAGAAGAUUAUGAUGUAGAGGAAUGA